AUGUCUUCAGAAGAUAAAGACUUCAAAGGACGGUGUAUGUACUGCAACACUGACGUUGGUCGCGACAAGGUCAAGACAUGUGGUCGCUGCCGACUGGUACGUUACUGCUCGAAGGAAUGCCAGGUCGCGUCGUGGAAGACCCACAAGCUACGAUGCAACCCAAAUUUACGCGAGAGCCUUGCCAGUGACCCUGCUAGCAAUGCUUUAAACACCGCUCUUUCCAAAUGGAUCAAUAAUUGGAGGGACGAACUGCACAACUGGGCUAUGUGGGCAAUGGAUCUUCCAAACAGUCCACCAGAUCGACUUGCGACCCACUGUUUUGUAAUCGAAAUUGAGCGUCGACCGAAUCCCCCGAGCGCCUCCCAGUUCUUCCGAAUGCACGGAGGAGGUGUCGAGACUCGAGCAAGUUUUAUAGCCCGUUUGGAAGAAAUCAACGAGGCCAACGAGGAGACCGUUGCAUGUGUCAAUGAACACCGAGGUACCGACACCGCUCAAAUCAUCAUCCUCUGUGAAGAUUUGAUUCGAUUUUUGUGGUUUUCUCUCCGCGACGGCGGUGCAUCCUUGCGGAGCCGUGAUCCUGCCGUGUCCAAGGCGCUUGCGGAGAACUGGCAAGAAGGCAUGAUUGGCGCAAUCGAAACCGGUCGUCCCGGGGAUUCCAAGGAUCAUUUAAGGAGAGCCGCAAUUAAGGUCAUUGGACCACCUCCUGUAUGA